AGCAGACCAACAUCUUUCCUCCUCCUGGUUUUGUCUGCUUCCAGUUCAGAGUGGGGUGGCAACAGCCGGCUGCUCAGGCCUGCGGUCAGUUUUCUAUUUUCUCCUCUCUGUUUCUGCAGCUGCUGCCUGUCAAUCCGCCCGAUUUCUGGUGGAAGGUCGGUGAAUAUCAGCUGUCAGCACACUUCUUUACUGCCAGUCGGCCAUGGAGCUUCAACGUGCAACCCUUGUAACUGUGUUCCUGCUCAUGCUGCUCUCAACUGAGUGUUGGGGCAGGAACGAGGAGGAGCGUCUGAUCAACUACCUGUUCAAAGAGAAAGGGUACAACAAAGAGCUGCGGCCAGUCGAGAGGCAGCAGGACGCUGUUGAUGUUUACCUCGCCCUCACGCUGUCUAACCUCAUCUCUCUGAAAGAAGUAGAUGAGACAUUGCUGACGAAUGUGUGGAUUGACCACACAUGGACCGACUACAGACUGACGUGGAAUGUGUCAGAGUUUGACGGCAUCAACAUACUUCGCCUGCCGCCCAGCAUGGUGUGGCUGCCAGAAAUCGUACUGGAGAACAAUAAUGAUGCCCAGUUCCAGGUGGCCUACUACAGUAAUGUACUGGUGGAUAAAGAUGGUCUCUGUUACUGGUUACCUCCUGCCAUCUUCCGUUCCUCAUGCUCCAUCAACGUCAACUACUUUCCCUUCGACUGGCAGAACUGCACCCUUAAAUUCACAUCUCUGACCUACAAUGCCAAAGAGAUCAGGAUGUUGCUGAAGGAAGAAGGGGAUGACCCCACCAAAUGGACUGUAGAAUGGAUCAUCAUCGACCCUGCCAGCUUCACGGAGAACGGUGAGUGGGAGAUCAUCCACCGGCCAGCCAAAAGAAACACCUACAAACACAUUCCCAUGGAGAGCAACAAGCACCAGGACAUCACCUUCUACCUGGUCAUCAAGCGCAAACCUCUCUUCUACAUUGUCAACAUCAUCAUCCCCUGUGUGCUCAUCUCUUUCCUGGCCUCACUCGUCUACUACCUGCCUGCUGACAGUGGUGAGAAGAUGACGUUGUCCAUCUCAGUGCUGCUGGCUCAGUCUGUCUUCUUGCUGCUGAUCUCUCAAAGGCUGCCAGAGACGUCCAUGUCUGUUCCACUAAUUGUCAAGUAUCUGAUGUUCAUCAUGGUGCUGGUUACUGUCGUGGUGUUGAACUGUGUGGUCGUCCUCAACCUGCACUUCAGGACACCGAGCACACAUGUGAUGACUGAGUGGACCAAGAUGUUUUUCUUGGAGCGGUUGCCACGGAUUCUGCGUAUGUCUCACCCGGAAGAGGCCGAGCCAUAUUGGGAUGGAGCGUUGCCACGGCGAUCCAGCUCAGCGGGUUACAUCGCAAAAGCAGAGGAAUACUACAGCGUCAAAUCCCGCAGUGAGCUGAUGUUUGAGAAGCAGUCUGAGAGGCAUGGACUGGUGAAACGGUCCACACAUGCUGCAGUGGUGAAGCCGCAGGAAGAUGGAGGUGUGACGGAUCAGCUGUAUGGAGAGAUGAAGCCGGCUGUGGACGGAGCGAACUACAUCAUCAAACACAUGCGCAACAAGAAUGACUACAACGAGGAGAAAGAUAACUGGAGCGGCAUCGCCCGCACCGUGGACCGUCUCUGCCUCUUCCUUGUUACUCCAGUGAUGACCCUUGGCACCAUCAUCAUCUUCCUCACGGGAAUCUGCAACCACCCUCCACACCUGCCCUUUAAAGGUGACCCACAUGACUACAUCGAGGAAAGCGCACGUCUGCUGGAACUCUGAGAAAUAACUUACUUUAACUGUAGUUUGUUGGUCCUUAAUUACUUUUACGUGACUUUUCUAGCUUCAAACUGCAGCUGUGUGUGUUUUCUUAGUCUAAGGUUUGUAUAACACUGUUUUAUUGGUGUGAUUUUUAGAAACAGCUGACCGAACAUGUGCCUGUCUGUCAUUUAUUCUGGCUGUUGAUCAGAGAGCUGAAACAUGUUUUAAUAUUAACUAAAUUCCCCUGAAAUGAUGAUCCUUUCAUAAGCAAAUGUUGCUGGCAUGGUCUUUAAUUUAUAAACACAACUUUAGCCCACAUCAAGGCUUCAAAUAAAUUCUCUUUAUACAAGAAAAAAAUGGUUAAACAACAUUAUUACAGCAAGCCAACUAUUUAAUCAAGAAGGGGAUCUUUACACCUGAAUUUUGAAUUUUUACAUUAUAAAACUGAUCUGACUUCUUAGAGGUGUAGUAGGAAGUUGUGCUCUGCCUUUUCUUCCUCAGGGAACUUAAACUUAUAUCAAAAGGACUUAUUUUCUAUCCGCAUCCAAACAGAAGAAUCUAACAAUUUCAUCAAGAAUUUAGCUGCAAACCUUCCUCUCAUUCCUUUUUGCUCCUGUUAAAGGUAUAAAUGAAGGAAAAAACGUGUGA